AGUGAGCAGAGUGUAGCUCAGUGCUGUUAGACCCUCAGGAUACACAAGCUGGCAGUUACAAAAGAAUUACAUACUGCUUCAAAUAAAUCAUCACCUGUGCAAAAAGCACACUAAAACAGGCCGCAGGUUGCUUGUAUUUGCACAGGCAUAUAAAGACCCGAUGUCAGAUCCUCCUAAUUGCUGCAUCUGUCUGGAUGAGUUUACAAGCCCUGUGUCCCUCCCCUGUGGACACGUCUUCUGCUUGGGAUGCAUUGGAGAAUACUGGAAAAUCAACGAGGCCUGCCAGUGCCCACUUUGCAAGACUUUGUUUCCUACCAGGCCACAGCUCAAAACAGACCAGACACUACAUACUGUGGAAGCACCUCCACCUUUAAAAGCUGGAGAGGUUCCCUGUGACUCCUGCUCAGCAAAACGUCCUGCAGUCAAAUCCUGCCUGGUGUGCAUGGCUUCCUACUGCACCACUCAUCUGGAAGCACAUUACCAGAAUGAAGAGCUUGGGCGCCAUCUACUGGUCAGUGUGGUAAAAAACCUUGAGGAUUCUGUGUGCAAACUGCAUGGGAAGAAGUUGGAGAAGUUCUGCAGAAGCGACCGGGCGUACAUUUGUGCUAUGUGUGCACAGACUGAGCAUUGGAGCCACAACAUCAUUUCUAUUAGUCGGGAAGCUUUAAAGAAGAAGGUUAGUCUAAAACGGAGGAGGAAGAAACUUCAGCAAGAGGUUCAAGAUAGAGUUAGUGAAGCCGAGGAAAUCAAGCUCACUGUAGAUCUCAGAGGACAAAGUCCAAAAGAGGAAUGGCAAACAAAUAAAGAACUCGAACAGCUGGAAGAAGAAAUCGCUGAGCUCCAGAAGAGAAACGCUGAGCUAGAACAGCUCUUGAAGAUUGAAGAUGAUCUCCAAUUCUUACAGAGAUCUCUCCAUGCUGCUUUGUGAUUCAAGAAACAUGCUGAUCAUCAAGUCUUUAUUUAUGUGGGGGGGUUUUCAGCUAUAAAAUGAUUACGUAAUCUCAGCUGGGUGGGUGUGUUAGCUUUCAAGGAAAAGUAUGCUCUGAUUCAUGUGAAUGAGAUGAGAAGUGUCACUUAUUUAUUUUUGCAUUUAAUGUACGGAUACAACCAGCUGACUUUUAGCCUACAGUGAAACACAAACUUGAACUAUUUACACCUCUGAACCUCAAUAAUACUUUUAAAAAGGAAAAGCUAGCUAAUUCCCAUGAUUUCCAAUCCCAAGCUAAGCUAAGCUGCUGGUAGCUGCGGUCAUACAUUUAAUGUAAAUGGUACUGAUCUCAUGUAUCACUCUGCCAGAAAUCCAAUGAAUGCACUUUGGAAACAUGUCUUCUAUUUUAACUACUUAUGUCAAUGUGAAUUUUGUAUUUUAAAAAAAUGAAUCAUUUACACGGGUUCAAAGAAACUGUGAAUUUUAGAAACAGUAAACCUCAGGGACGUUGAACUUGGUUGUAUGAAUGUAACUUAUUACUGGGCGGGUGAUACAAUUAACUGCUAUUCAGUGCCGAAAUGCUUUUGUCUUCCUUUUUGAUGAACCAAUAAAAUGUAUGUAAAAUGCGACCGAAGUCCUGUGCAAUAAAAAGGUCUUGUGAAAUUC